ACAUUACUCAAUAAUCAGUGUGGAAAAAAUAGGAAAAGCAUUGUGAAUGAAGCUUAUUGGAUAAAAACGUUAAAAACCAGACAAUGUGCUAACGGUUUUCCAUCAACAAACUUUGAAAAAUUUGUAAUAUAUCAUUAUGUAUGUCUUGUGAAGCGAAAGCUAAUUACAACAACAAUUUCCGCCUAUCUUAAGAAGCGAAUCCGGUCUGAAUGGGGAAAAUAUUGUACUUUGUGUACCAUUAGCUUUUUAAUACAGUGUAGAUCUGCAUAUGAAUUUAGAACGACCGAUGAAUGUUUAAAUCAUUUCAAAAGUUCGUUAUGUUCUGAGGCUCUCGACCGUGUCCGUACAACAAAUAUAUACUGUAGGUAAACGCAGUUAUCUGUAAAAGAUAUUAAAAGCUAUUAAAAUUCCAGGUGUGUUACAAGGAGGCAAUUUCGGACUAACAUGUACUCGGACAUGGGGCAUUAAAAACUUCUUGCAACCAAGGGACAUUUUGCUAUGGGAUUUAAUCAGUUACUUUACAACUAUCAUACCUUAGUCGUAAUUACAGUGACCUUAUGGAAACAUGUAAUGUCACAGUGUUCGGAAGCCCACAACAUGGCGUGUUCUUGGCCGCUUAUUCAAAUGAAAAAUUAUGACGAUAUCCUGUAUCCUAUUGGUGGAUUCAUUCCAGACUACAACGAAACUACUUUACAUCAAAUCUGCAGUCUUUUUCAGGAAUAUAAAACUUGUUCACAGCCAUUCUUCAUGAACUGUGACCAAGAAACCUUAACAGAAUUCCAUAUUUUAGACAGUGCCUUUUCGCCUAUUUGUGGUCAUUUAGCAGCAGAAUAUAUUAAACAAAGAAGCUGUUUUCAACGAUUGCAACGCACAUAUAAAAAGUGUCAAGAACAUAGACAAGAACAAUUAAAUAUGCAAGAGCCUGAUGCAAUACAUUAUAAAUUACACAUGUGCACGGUAACUAAUGAAUAUGUUGGAUGUACAUUUACAGUGACAGCGUUGUUAUGUUCUUUGGAAGCAGCAAAUGUAUAUUUCAAAAUUAUAAAUGAAUCUAUAUCGUUCUUGCUUCUGAAUUCUGGAUUUUCAUGUACAAUUCGACAUCCAAAUGACGUUAUAAAAGUUAUAACGACAACAACGUCGACGACGACGAUAACAACAGAGAUAAAGACUACACCAACUAAAUCGGUCCUACCAUCUGUGACACAACAUUCUAAAAACCCAACCAGUUCCGGGAAAAACUUAAAACUUUCGUUAAGUACUUUGCUGUGCGUAUUUAUCAUAUCAAGUGUUCUACAAGCAUUGGAUGUAUAGCAUUACAACUGGUAAAUUUGUUGCAUUUAAAUGUUAAAAGUUUGUUUUUUAUUAUUUUAGUUAUUUACUUAGUGAGUGCUGAUGAUCUCCAAAUGGAGUACAUAAUAUUAAUGUCUUAUGUAAAACUAGCUACGUAUAGGACAUCAGCUUUUAAGCAUUAUUUUUUUGAUUCCAAAACAAGACUUAUAAGAGACCUGAAAUCGUAGAGGAUAAAGCGUGUCGGACACACAUUCCUUUCAUUGUAACAUAACAAAAACAUGAAUGUCAAUUGAAACAAAUGUAAUUUAUAAAAGUUUGUAUGAAUUGUUUUCUAUGAAUUUGGUAAAAACAAAUCCAACAUGGAAGUGCUAAAAAUUAGAUAUUGUAUAUAUACAACCUAACAGAAAUUACUGUCAAACUUAUAUGCAAGAUUGUUUCUAUUUACACAUAUCUGCAAUAAACAUGGCCACUAGCAGAAGGAAAGGACUAGAAUUCGAAAGUCAGAUACUUCUAGCUAGAGGAAAUGAGACGUUUUCGUGUCCCACUCUCGACACCGGUAUUACGUUAUUUCUUAUUACACUGAUAUGAUUGCAUAAAGUGAUUUGAAUAACGCAUCGUUACUUUGUCAAAGGUACAUACAAAUGCAAAAUGAAACGACCAUCAUAAUUUAUUUUAUGCAACAUAAGAAUCCUAUAUCAUCGCCUUUAGUAAAGACACUCCAUGCAAUUUGAAUGCACUUUACUGCAUUGUCCGUUCAAUUUAAAUACUUAUAAACAUGAAGCUAUAAUACAAAUGUUAAAUUCAAAAAUAAUUUGAAUCACUAGAAAAGUGUAGUGUUUGUAUGAAUUUCAUGGCUAUAAUAUGCAUGUGUUUUUUUUUUUAAUUAAGUCUGAAUACACGUCAUUAUUUGAAUUGACACAGACAGAACAAGUUUAACAGAACAAAGAUUUUCUCUCCAAAUUAACAAGCAACAAAUGCACGUCAAAACUUUUUUUUUAUUCUGUUUUCAUUUCUUACCAAUGAUUUUUAUAGUAGGAGGAGACGAUUUAUAGCAAAUAGUUUGUGAAUGUCAACUCUUUUGAUUUGAUAUAUGCAGUCUCAGAAAUGUGUAAUAUAACUAAAAUUGUUCAGCAAUAUGUAUAUUUUUUCCGGUCAUCGAACGAUUUAUAAUAUCGUUGGUAUAUUGUGAGAUGUUUGAACAUGAUGCUGUUAUAUUUACAUAUGUUAGAUAUAUCCUACAAUAAAAGUAUAUUGCACAAACAUUUGUAAAUAUUGUAGAAUAUCAAUUGUUUGUGCAAUACAUAAUUAUAUCCUUGCAGCAUCAUCUAUAUCUACUCAAUAUUUAUGUACAGUGCACUAAACAGAGCUGUAUUCUACUGAAGGUUGAAAAGACAGUAAUCUGACGAUUUAAUACAGACUUAAGCUUAUUAAAUCUGAUAUUUCCUGCAACAUCUAAGAAAGUCCUAUUAUGUUUUAAAUCAAAGUUAUUAAUUUGUUGAUUGCCUCCUUGGUAACAUUCGGUUUUUUUUUCAUGAAAUCAAAGCUUUUCGAGAUCAUUUGCUAAUGAAAAGAUGAGAAUAUGCGGUACAAAAAUAUAUAUAAUAUACAAAACCAUAGACAAACGGGGUUCACACGAGUUUUCAGCAUCGAUAUUUUCUUAAAAUUCUAAUGUAAUAAUUUCUUUGACCACUGUAUACAGUGGAUGAUUAUUAUUUUUGCAAAUCACGGGUAGGUAUGAUAAGAGACUUAUUCUAAUUCUUAUCCGUUUUAUACUUUCCCAAACUGGAUGAUAUUUUUUUAUAAACUAUGCCUGGUUCUUUCGAUAUCAAUUCUUCAUUAAUCAAAAUUCAACUAUGACAUCAAAUGUUCCUGCUUUACUCAUUAUUCGCUAUCGUGACGUCACUUAAAAAUAGACCAUACCUCUUAAAAGAAACACUGAUAGUUUUGUAGAUAAUUGAAAAAGGAAGAUACAUUUGCCUAUACAUUUUGUUUAAAAAUCAUAAGAGAAAAACAUUUUACUACGGUAUCUCAUGCGAUGAAAUAUUUCUUCACUCUCGGCAGUUAAAAUUUCAAUUAUUUAAAAGACUCAACAAGCCUUUUAUUUUAAAUUUGAAAAUUUAAUUCUCGAUAGUCUCCAUAUUGCACAGAGAAAUCAGUACCAUACUUUUCUAUUCAUUGUUUUCAAUUCUAUAAUAAAUAGAACGGACAAAACUGAGAAUAGUUGAAUGAAAAUAAAACUUUAAAUUUGUUGCAUCCGAAUUGCAUUUCUUGAUUUACCUCCAGCAAGAACGGUCAUACCCCAAAUAAAUUGAUAGCCAGUGACGUAUAAAUAUCUAAGCAUGUGUAGAGCUAUAUGAUCAAAAGGGACAUUAAAGGAUAAUCAGAACCAUCUAAAGUCAACUUUGCAUGAGGGUUACAGCAGAUGUGUAUGCUGUAUAAACAUAUUUAUAAACAGAAGAAUAAUACCCUAAAACUUAAUACAUCUAUCAUACAAAUAAUAAUUAUUAAAAAAAACGCAUGUGUAAGGAUAUAUUUAACAUGAUUAUAGAUUAUGUUUGUAUAGUUUCAUGAUUGAUCCGUGACAAUGAGCCGUUUUUUGUUUAUAUCUGUUAAAUAUUUAUUUGAAAAUGUAAAAAAUAUGUAUAAAUGUAAAUAUGAUAUGUUUGUUAUAAUAAAUCUUUGAUAAGAA